UGCAUGUUAACCCCUAACUUCCCUGAUUUGGAGUUUGUUUGGAGUUUCCUUGUUUUUCAAUGUGCAAAAGUGCUUCAAAAUUAGCAACUAAUAUGAAUUUUUAUCUUUAAAGCUCUGUCAUUCUUUAUUAUUGAUCACUUUAUAUUUUGGUUAGUGCGAGAGUCCCUUUCUAAGUACAUCAAGUCAUGUAUUGGCUGUCAUCACUUCACGCAUUACAUUGUGUGCUUUUUACCACUGAUAAUUUUAUGCAGUGAGGUGAAAUGAGUUCUCUCUACCUAUUUCGCAAUUUAAAUAGAGGCUGACUCACAAGAAAGUGACCAUGAUAGGGUGCAGAUUUUUCCCCAAAAUCAAAAGGUUGACCACAGUAGCCUUUUCAAGUGGGCCUGAAAAGUUACCGAGCAAAUUUGUAUUAGAGGAUCUGAAUCUGUACCACAAAAAGAACAUUCAGAAAUAUGAAAAAAAGGCUGAUCAAUGUACUCCUCAGUUUUUGGAACGAAUGAAAAAACGCUACUCUUUAAAGGCACAAGAACGCAUCGAUUUCAGUUCUUUAGCUGAACAGUACCCUAAAGUUCCUGCCAUUGUGGAAUAUACCUCAAAGGAACUAAAAAUCCCCCCAAAGCACAUUAUGUCAGCUUUACAGGAGGCGCCUGAACUUGCAGAUAUUGCUCCUGCCAAGUGGGCCACCUGUUUUGGACAUUUAACCCAAUACGGGUUUGCCAAGCAAGGCAUACUAAAAAUGGUCACAGAUUACCCAGGUCUCCUUCUAUUUGAAGAAAAAGAACUAGAAGACUCAAUGUACAAUUGGAUGAGAAUCCAGUUUGGAGAGUCAAGACUACUGCCUCUGCUGGUGAAUAACCCCAUGUUCCUUGCUCUUGGGGAACAAGACAUCGACGAUCGGAUCCCACCGCUAAGAGAAUACCUAGAAGGCAGAAGGAGUCGACUAGCCAAAUUGCUUAUGAACUCUCCGCAAGUCAUGUUCAAGAAGUGGGAAGAUGUGAAGAUUAUAAUGGAUUACUUGGUUGAGCCGAUGCGGAUUCCGAAGUCCCAGAUUGCGAGGUCUGGUGUUUUCAGGUAUAAUUUGUUCCAUUUGCGCUGCCGGUUUUUGUUCUUGUACAAAACAGGCGUUUAUAUCAUUACGAAGUACAAUGCAGAUCCACUUGAAACACCGAAGCACCCACAGCUUACCGAUAUUGUUGACACUCAUGAGCAAAAGUUUGUGUAUAAAAUUGCAGGGCUGAGUCUUAUUGAAUAUGAGGUCUUUAAGGAGAUGAUGUAUGCACAUGAAAUCUAUGAUGAUAGGGACUUUUUGAAACCAAAAGAUACUUAUGGGUUGGUUAAUCCUUCUUUAAGUGUUAAUGAUCAAAUUCCUGUUAGCGCAAGGAUGCAAAAGAAAAGGCCCAAACCCGAACCCCCUAUUGUCGACUCAUUUUAGACCAAAAUAUUGUUCGUAAGUUGUGCUCUCACCAGAAUACUUCAUGACCGAGAAUAAGGAAAAACAUUUUCAGCGAAUUACGAAUUGCAGCAUAAGAUUUUCAGUUUGAUGGAAGUUGUUUAGACUUCAAAGAAUUUCAACCCUUUAUCCCUCCCAAAAGAACUGGCUCCUUUUCUUGCAUUUUUUUAAUCAGGGGUCAAAAUGUUUUGAUUAAUUUAGAAAGUAAUUCAUGUUUUUCAAGCAUUAAUUAACAUAUUUUAUCAAAGUACAUGUAAUAUCUAAAUUUGAUAAAAUUUUGUCAGAGCCCCUCUCUUUAUUAGCAGAUGUUUUAUGUUGAUGCAAUGUAUUGAAGCCUUUGUGAGACUACUUUUUUUUUUUUUAAAUAUCAAUUGUCCCUGUGACUGUAAAUAAAUUGUUACUGAAUUUUUACUUUUAAA